AUGUGCGUUCAGGGCGCACAGUAUGAGCUGAAAGACAGCCCCGGGGUGCAGCACCCGGCCGCCGCCGCCGCGUUUCCGCACCCGCACGCCGCCUUCUACCCCUAUGGCCAGUACCAGUUCGGGGACCCGUCCCGUCCGAAGAACGCCACCCGCGAGAGCACGAGCACGCUCAAGGCCUGGCUCAACGAGCACCGCAAGAACCCCUACCCCACCAAGGGCGAGAAGAUCAUGCUGGCCAUCAUCAACAAGAUGACCCUCACCCAGGUGUCCACCUGGUUCGCCAACGCGCGCCGGCGCCUCAAGAAGGAGAACAAGAUGACCUGGGCGCCCCGCAGCCGCACCGACGAGGAGGGCAAUGCGUAUGGGAGCGAGCGCGAGGAGGACGAGGAGGAGGACGAGGAGGAGGGCAAGCGCGAGCUGGAGGAGGAGGAGGAGCUCGGCGGGGAGGAGGAGGACCCGGGGGGCGAGGGCCUGGCGGACGACGAGGACGAGGAGGAGAUCGAUUUGGAGAACGUGGACGGCGCGGCCGCGGGGCCUGAGCUAGUCCUGGCGGGGGCGGCGCGCGGGGACAACGACCUGGGCCUGGGACCCAGUUCCGACUCCAAGCAC